AUGCCUCGCGAGGGUAAAAAGCGAGGGAGGCGGCAGCAAGAAAAGGAGGGGAAGAGUUUUACAAAACGCCUCAAAACCCAACACACUCAUGACGAGGAGAUUCCAGGCGAAGUUGUGGUGGAGGGCGAUGCCGGAGAUGACUUCAUCAGCUUUGAUGCUGGAAGGCCGCAAGGAAUCCAGGAGCCGCAAGAAGAGAUCGAGUUUCACGGACUCCUUACACCCGAAGAACAAGAAUACUACGCAAACGUCAACACGAAGAUCGUUGCAAAUGAUUUCGAGUCCCCAGAAGACCGUGCGGUUUUCCUCGAAGCGGUCCACAGAGAGACCGAAGGCAAAGAAAUGAAGGUCGCAUCGAGCCAGUCAUGUUCUAGAUAUCUAGAGAAGAUCAUCAUGUUAUCUACUCCUGAACAGCUGCGACAUCUUUUCAGCAAGUUCCUUGGAAACUUGACCUAUCUUGUGCGACAUCGGUUCGGAAGCCAUUGUUGUGAGACACUUUUCCUCGAGGCGGCGAAGCGUGUGGGAAGGGAACCGCAGGUAGAGGAAGUCGACGAGACUGGAUCGAUAACCAUAGAAAACCUCUUUCUGCGUGCAGCAGAGGAGUUAGAGCCGAAUAUGGGCUUUCUGCUGACUGACAGAUUCGCUUCCCAUACGGUCCGGGUGUUAUUCCUCGUCCUGUCGGGACUUUCAUUAGAGGAUGAUUCAGUCAAGGCAAUGGUUGCCAGCAAAAGAAAGGAAAAGCUCGAAGCACCAGUUGUCAAAGAGACCGAAAUACACGAGACCAAACGUGUCGUACCCAAGACAUUCCGCAACGCUCUUGACAAGUUAAUUGGUAGUGCAAUUUCUUCGUUGGACACGACCUACCUGAGAGCACUGGCAACACAUCCGACCGGCAAUCCUGUCUUACAAUUACUUCUCCGUGUUGAACUCUCGGCAUCCGGCAAGAAUAAGGCGACUGAAGAGAACUCAGUCCUUCGGAAAUUGUUACCAGACCAAGACCUAGAGGAGGAUUCGGAGAGUGCUAAAUUCAUCUCUGGGUUGAUUUAUGAUCCUACUGGCUCACAUUUGGUCGAGAUCCUUAUCCAGCAGCUUCCUGGCAAAGUGUUCAAGAAGCUCUACAAGAACGUCUUGAAACCACGGCUCGGGAGUCUGUCCAAAAACGACACAGCCAGCUAUGUGGCGAUGAGGAUCCUUGAACGGCUGGGUAAAGAUGAUCUUGGCGAAGCGAAAAAAUUGAUUCUAGCAGAGCUGCCAAUCCUCAUUUCCCGGCGGAGAACUGGCUUGAUCAGAGUUCUGAUCGAACGAUGUGCCUUGCGAGGUGUGGAUUUGCAGGAUGUAUCGGAUGUGAUCAAGUCAGCAUACAGCGCCGAUGGAGAAGAAUUUCUGUCCAAUCUUCUCAGCUUCAGACCGGUGGAGGUACCAGAACAGCCCCAGGACAAAGACAGGAACAAAGGCACAGAAGCCUCUGGCCCAAAGACUGAUGUCCAUGGUUCCCUACUGGCUCAGACAAUGCUCCAAAGCCCAAGAACCUGCGCCCUAGUGCAGAACAGCUUGUUAUCAUUAGAAACAAAAGUGCUGAUGGCAAUGUCGCGAGAUCCAGCUUCCUCACGCGUCAUCCAAUCUUCCCUAUCUCCGACUGAUGCCAACAUACAAUUUCGACGAGAGUUUGUCCCUCGGUUCUAUGGGCAUAUCAGCAGCCUAGCGCAAGAUUUUACUGGCUCUUACGUAGCUGAUGCCCUAUGGUCCGCCACAGACGGGCUUCAUUUCGUGAAAGAGCGUCUCGCCGGAGAGCUUGCCAAUAGUGAAAGUCAACUUCGAGACUCGCCCUUUGGUCGAAAUGUUUGGAAGAACUGGGCGAUGGACUUGUAUCUUCGACGGCCUGGUGAAUGGCGCGCUCUGGCCAAGGGCUCAGGCCAGAGUGUCAAACCGGCUGCGCCUCUGAAGGAAGCAUCAGGGCAAGAGAGGAAGAAGACGCCGAUCGAGCUCGCCCGAGAAAGGCAUUCUCAGAAGAUGAAUUCGCACGGCACGAGGAACAGUCAUGCCUCAGCAACAUCCGCCAACGCUGUGGUCCGAACCAACGCCUAG